ACAUCGAUGACGUAUCGCUGUUAGCUGGUGCUGAGGCAGCAAAGCUGGCUGCUGUUUGUGACUACUUAAAGGACUUAAAAACGUAAUUAGUGUCAGAAACAGAGUAUUAUUUUAAGGUCGGGAUGUCUUGGGUUAAAUCUGCGUCGUCCACUAGUGAAGAUGUGUUCGACGAAAAUGCAGACGAACUUAAUUUACAAACUAAAGAGUGGACGUCCAACAUGAAGAAACGAAUCAAGGAUGGUUAUGUAGACGGAAUUGAUGCCGGUCAGGAGGCCUCACUUCAGGUCGGAUUCAACCAGGGGUUCAGAGAGGGAGCAGCUCAGACUGUGGCUGUGGGUCGUCUCAAAGGAAUAAUAAGCGCUAUAUGGUGUUGGUGCCGAAUUCAGCAUCCAGAAAACCCCAUCCCAGCCUCAGUGACUGACCUCCUGCAGCGGGUGACACAACAUGAAGACCAAAUUUUAAAUGGCAUCAGGAAGGCUUUGGAGAAUCCUCCUCCAAGUGUGAGCGACAUCUCAGAGAGCAUGGAGGAUCUGGAGGUGGAAAAAGCACCAGGUCACUGUGCAGAAGGAUGUAAAGAGUCAGACUGCUGCAGGAGAGCAGAAAUAGACUUGGGUGAUCCUCACCAGCUGCAACAUUUCUGUUCAGGGUCCAAUGACUGCUCAAGUGAAGAUCUAAACCUCCUCCUGCAGCACUGCAUUGACCUUGUGUCAGAACUGGGACUACCACAUGGGCUCAUCGGUCACAUAGAGGAGCUGAGGAACAUGAAGUGAUCAGGCAACAGGAUCUCAGCGGAUUUGAACCAUGAUACUUGAACUGUGACAUAAAGCAGGUUUUGAUGUGACUUUUUUAAACUAAAAAAAUGAAGUGUAUUUGAUGUAUAUAAUGUAUUAUAUUUUGUAUUUGUCUAAAUAUCUAUAUCUUUAUAUUUCCUCUAUUUAAAUAUCAGCUUAACACCCAAGAAUUGUUAAAAAGGAAGAGCAUUUUUGGAAACAGUGUGACAGCCAUUACACGGAACAAAUAAAAUUAGAGGGGGUUUUUUCAAAGAGUGACUCAUAGUCUCCCAUUGACAUUUCCAUGUCAAUAAGAGACGAGGAGCUGUGAAUAUGGUUUGAUAGUAAUAAACUUUUCAUAAAAC